UCCAUGCUGUCUUGUAUUUCAUUUCCUCACUAUAUAUAAUCACAUUUCUUUUCUCAUUUCUUCAAUCUCCCAUAACACAAAUUAACCAAAUAUGGAAAAUUCCCUUAAAUAUGUUGCUAGUGAGAGUUUUUCAUAUAGUUGGUUGUUAAAUGAAACUCCUCCUUCUCUUAAAUCCACCAUUCUUGAUGAUCAAGAUACAACAUUCUUGAAUUUUUCAAAGAGAUUCUUGGAAUUAGAAUCACAAAAUUUCAACUUUGAUAUCAAUCCUACUUUUUCUUUUGUUCAUGCUGAUGAAAUAUUUUCAGAUGGACAUAUUAUGCCUUUGUAUUUUGACAACAUAACAAAGAUUGAAACAAUUUGUAACUUUGACACUUGUUCAAUAUCUUCAACUCCUCUUACACCCUUUUAUGCUACAAACAGAGGAAAACAGAGAAAGUCAUGUUGUAAAAUCUUGGUCAAGAGGUUAAAUUUUCUUUGGUUGUUUUGCAAGAGUUUAGGUAAUUCAAGAAAAGGUUCAAAAGUUGAUGAUUUUGAAAGAAAAGUUUUGGAAAUUGAUAGUAGAAAUUCACCUAUGAGAAGUCCAUCUCAUUGUAUAGAUAUGGAGAAUACAAUUUCUGACGCAAUUUUGCAUUGUAAGAGAUCAUUUGGUAUGUUAAAUGAUCUUUGUGAUUGAUGAUUCCGAGGCGGAUUCAGGAGUUCAAAUUUAAUGGAUUCAAUGUUUAAGAUUCUCAUCAAUGAACUCAUUGUGUUGUUAAGAUUUUAGUAGUUUUUCUUCUUUUUUUU